AUGGUCACCACAAACCACCACAGCGACCACCAGUCGCACACGUGUGAACGAACCACCGUCAACGGCAAUUCACCCACAACAGCCCACGACGACAUGACAGUUCCCAGACCCUUACGUAUCCCGAGGCACGUCCUUCUUCUCUCCCUACAGUCGCCCUCUUGGUUCGACAUCGAAUACGAGAACCUCUUGCAUGCUUUGCCGGCAGAGUCGGGCAGAAUCUUGAAGGCCGAAGACCCCGAAGAUGCCCUGGAGAUGUUUUCCCACCGAGAGGUCGCGAACAGCUUCAGUGCUGUAUUGAUUGCUGACCACGGCAUCACCUUCCCUCGCCACUCUCCCAUAUGGCAUCUGCUCCUCAAGAAUUACAUCCGAAAGGGGGGCAGGGUGAUUAUUUGCUGCGAAUUUCCGUGUGGUGUUAUCCCGAGAGACUUUGACACCAUGUUCUCUGAGAUCGAGGGGUUGGAUUGGAAGUUCGGUGGUUGUUCACGGGGUGAAUAUGGAAGGGCUGAGGCUCCGGGACAGGGGAAAGAUGCAUUGCCUGAUGUAGUUGAUUGGAAUGCUGUUAAGCUGCGGGCGGAGGGAAUGAAAUCCGGUGAGAGCUGGUAUUCUGAUUCAACGGGUGCUAGUGCGGCUGCGAUGGCUAAGGUUGGAGAGGGGUGGUUGGGAUACGUUGGGAAUGUAGACGUUGACGGAGAUACUGCGAUGAUUAUUUUGAGAAUGUGUGGCUUUGAUGAGUCGGAAGGUGGCCAAGGAGUCUACCUCGAAGAGUAG